AUGCGGAACGAUGACGAUGCGGUACUAUCCGCCAGCUUACUGCUAAGGUAUGGUCGUGAGGUGCAAGUACAUGGAUGCGGGGCGAUGACGAUGCGGUAUCAUCUGCCAGCUCACUGCCGAGAUAUGGUCGUUAGGUGCAAGAUAAGGUCUUGCGACAUUAGCGUGUUCUGGAUCGAGCUCCCUUCGGUGCAAGGAUGUGGGGCGAUGACGACGCGAUACCAUCCGCCAGCUUACUGCCGAGAUAUGGUCGUUAGGUCCAAGAUAAGGUCUUGUGACGUUAGUGUGUUCUGGUUCGAGUUCCCUUUGGUGCAAGGAUGCGGGGCGAUGACGACGCGAUACUAUCUGCCAGCUCACUGCCAAGGUAUGGUCAUUAGGUGUAAGUUUGUUCUGGACCGAGCUGCGUUCGUUACAAGAGUGCGGGACAAUGACGACGUGGUACCAUCCGCUAGCUUGUUGCAGAGGUAG